AUGGAGCAAGAAACGAGGAGUGGCUCGCCGAUGGACUCGCACCGUCAGGAGCAGAAUGCGAAGACUUCUUUUUUAAUCGAAGACAUACUGUACAGAGGGCAAAGCCGCGGGUUCAAACAGCCGAUGCCCGACCCAAGGAGGUUCGAUUACGAACGACCCGAACCGAAGCCCUUCUUCCCGGUGCCGGGGGAGGUCCGACCGCACGUCCCGGGGAGAGAAGGGUCCUAUUUGCACGUGGCCAUGGGGGCCCUGGGCGCGUACCUGCACACCCCGAACACGUACAAAUCAGUGGAGACACCUUAUUUCCUAUCUCAAGGCGUGCCGUACCACGCGCUGUUCACGCCGUCGGAGCUGUCGCUGUCCGCUCUCAAGCACUGCCGCCGGAGAAAGGCCAGGACCGUGUUCUCGGAUCCACAGCUCACCGGCCUCGAGAAACGUUUCGAGUCGCAGCGCUACCUGUCCACGCCUGAACGGGUGGAGUUGGCGGGCGCGCUGAACCUGUCGGAGACGCAGGUCAAGACCUGGUUCCAGAACCGCCGCAUGAAGCACAAGAAGCAGAUGAGGAAGCAGCAGCAGCAGAGGGGAGCUGCGGCAGUCGACUUCACAACAAAACAUCAAGAAACACGCAAGGCCGAGGAUUCCAGGAUAUCGACAACGCAAACAUCAGACUCGGAGUCGGAACACAGCGACAGCGAUAUCGAUAUCGUAGGCGAGACUAACUACGCACAGCACUACGGCAAUGGAGGGACG